GACCUAAGGUCACGACCCGAAGGUCUUGCGCAACACAGACGAAACGCCGACAUCUAAGCUAUUAGCCUAUAACAAUAGACCAGGGCCAUAAUCAUAACCACAAACCUUGUGAGCCAUGAUGUAGUGCCAUAGACAGGUAACAGGACAAAGAACAAAGCAGUGUCCAACUCCAUUAUAUUCACAUCAGUGAUCAAAGAAAAUAAGACAGGACCAGCGAUGAAUCUGAGACGCUGUUUUCGUGUUGUCUUUUCUCCUGGAUUUGGUGGUGAGCUGAAGGCCUUGACAAGACUUGCAUGGCCAACUACUGUUGCAGCUGUGCUGGAGUUUGUUAUGUGGAUGAUGCCCAUCAUCUUCUGUGGCCACCUGGGAAAAAUACAACUGGAUGCAGUCACACUGGCAAUAUCUGUUGUGAAUGUGACAGGGAUAUCUCUGGGGUUUGGGCUGGGAACAGCAUGUGACACCCUAAUGGCACAGACAUUUGGAUCUGACAACAAGAUGAGAGUCGGCAUAAUUCUACAAAGAAGUAUCCUGAUCCUGCUGCUGUGUUGUUUCCCCUGCUGGAGUCUCUACAUGAACACAGAGAAGCUGUUGUUGUUGAUACACCAGGACCCAGAAGUGGCCAGACUUGCAGGAGAGUUUGUGACUUUAUUCAUCCCUGCUCUACCAGGUGUUUUCCUGUUUCUGCUGGCAACUAAAUAUCUGGCUACCCAGGGAAUUGUCUAUCCUGCAAUGUUCAUCAACCUUGCUGUCAACGUCCUUAAUGUGCCUGCCAACUACCUCUGUAUCCAGUAUUUUAGAUGGGGGGUCCGGGGAGCUGCUAUUGCUACUGGGGUCACCCAAUAUCUGCUGUGUUUCUUCAUAUUUGUGUACAUACGUGUGCGGAAGCUCCACCUACAGACUUGGCCAGGCUGGAGAGUUGACUGCCUACAGGAGUGGGGGGUGUACGUACGGCUGGCUGUGGCAGGCAUGCUCAUGGUGUGUCUUGAGUGGUGGACCUAUGAGAUAGGAACCCUCCUCACUGGACUGAUCGGGACAGUGGAUUUGGCUGCUCAGGGAAUCAUCAUCACCAUCAAUGGCCUUAACUACAUGAUGCCCAUGGGCAUGGGGAUAGCAGCCAGCAUCAGGGUGGGGAAUGAACUGGGAGCAGGCAAUGCUGCGCAGGCCAAGCUGUCUGCUAAAGUCGGCAUCUUCAGUUUCUGCUGCUAUGCCGUCUUUGCGGGGAUUGUUCUGUUGUCAUCACGUCAUGUGAUUGGCUACGUGUUCUCCAGUGACAAGGAGGUUGUGAGCCUUAUCGCAGAAGUGCUACCCAUUGUUUGUGUGACACAACUGGCAGAUACAGUACAGGCGGGUUGUGCUGGCAUACUGCGAGGCUGUGGGAAACAGAAGCUGGGGGCCAUCAUCACCUUCACAGGGUUCUACCUGCUGGGGCUGCCUUUUGUGGGGCUCUUCAUGUUUGUGCUUCAUCUGGGAGUGAAAGGGCUUUACUUUGGGCUUGGGAUCGCCACCAUGUUCCAGUGUGUGUGUUUCCUAAUCACCGUCGCUCGUAUGGACUGGCAACAGGAGACACUCAAGGCACAGAGCAUGGCAGGGGUCAAAACUGAGGAGGAUUCAAACCACUGUAAUAGCAGUGUCGCAGGGGACAAAGAACUCGACAAAGAAGACACUAUCAGCUUUCAGAAUGGAUAUUUAGGAAGGGAUAAUGCUCAAGAGUUGCAAAGUGUCACAGCUUCUUCCGAGAGCUUGGAUCCCUCACAAGACAGUCUUGUGCAAUCUACAGAAGAAGAUGCGGAUUCCACUACACCUCCACCACUCAACAGAGAACUAUCUGAAAUGCAGGGAGAAGACUCCCAAUACUUCUCACAAGAAACCGGUUCAACAGAUACAGAACCACUCUUGGAAUCUCUAAGUAGCGAAGAUUUAGUAUCUGAAACACCUGAAGUUAUGGUACUAAGUCUGGAGAAGCUUCCUUUUAAGGUGAUGAUAUGUAGAAGACUUUUAGCCGUGGUUGCUUGCCUUGGAAUUCUAACCGUUGGGGUGGUGGUCCGGGAGUGCGUGCCCAAUCCUUACGCCAGCUACCCUCCAGAUUGUGUACCGUGGGCCGCGAAUGGCUCUCUACCUCUAAACACGACGUUGCCGUGGUGUAACACGACAGUGGCAAACGCGUCUUCCGUGCCGACUCCGCCACACCCUUUUAGCGCAGGGGGCAGGGUGUGGCCGGUAGAGACCACUACUAUUACGACAGUGACUGUUACAGCAAACACGUACCUCGAUGUCUUUGUUACAAAGUCCUUGAGAGUGUUCAGUCAUGACAGUAAAAACAAUACCUUCUUUUUCAAGACCCACUUUCCUAAAGGUUUUUACUGAGAUUCAAAAGUGAUAACUUUUAUGAACUAAAAAAGAUGUAUAUUUUAAAUUCGUAACUAUAGGUUU